AUGGACCCAGAAAAAUAACUGAUGGAUUAACCAAUAGAGGAGGAGUCAGAUAUGGACGAGGAUGAGAAGAGAUAGAAGGGAGAUUGGCAUUAACAAUUAUUGACUGCAUGUUAGAAAGGAGAUUUAACAGCAGUCUAGCGUUGUUUAGACAAGAGGGCUAAUGUUUUGUAUGAGGACAAGAAAAAAUGGAAUCCAUUAAUGUGGGCAUCAUGCAGAGGGUACACGGAAAUAGUGCGUGUUUUGUUGUCUCGUUAAGCAGCAGCACCAUAUGUUCCAGAAAUGGCGUUGAUAUUGUAGAACUUCGCAUAGACAAUGCCUAUUUAUUCAAGUCCAAUGAAUUAAUCAUCUCCAAGCAAGUCCACAUAUUUCGGAGGGAGUCCUGGAGGUGGAGCUUAGUCAGCAGUGUUUAGUUUUCAAUAAUCAUAAUUAACAAAGAAAGUGGUUUAAGGAGUUAUAAAUCAAUAAGUCCGAUCGACACCAUUGAUGUGGGCUUGUUUCAAAGGACAUGUUUAGGUUGUAUGGUUACUAUUGAAGUCAGGGUUGAGUUGGGAGGAUGUGGAUCAAUUUGGAAAUAACAGUGUUCAUUUGGCAGCAUCAGGAGGGAACUAAGUAGUGUUCUAGACACUGCUAUUUUAUGGAGUAGCUGUAGACAGACCAAAUACAAGGGGACACACUGCAAAGGAUUUGGCAACAAAUGCCUAUAUAUUACAGUUGAUUAAGUUGUUGGAGGUGAGUGGUUAGACAGCUAAAUAUUUCUGUAUGACUUGUAGAAAAUUUUGGAAAUAAGAAGAGUACAGAAUGGAAUGGGUAUAUGAGAAUGCCGAUUCUACUGAUUUGGAAAAGCCAGAAGGGAGAUGCUAGAAUUGUUGGAAUACUAUAAGGAAACAUACUGAAGAAUUGUUGAGCAUAAUUGAUAAAUAGGAUCAUAAGCUGUUGACAGAGAAGUUGAAUGAGAUUGAGAAGGGAAUAGUGAUUAAGAAUGAGAAUGGGAAGGAAGAAUUCUAAAGGAUAGAGAUCGAUCCCAAGAAUUACAAGUUUGCUUUGAUUGAACAGGAGAAGUUGAGGACUUAGAAUGUGAUAUUGGAUUAUUUGAGUACUUUGAAUCAUGUGCCUAAUUACAAGACUAUCUUGAAAUCUGUCAAUUAGAUUUAGGCUAUGUUGGAUGAUGCAGUAAAUAGGGGUGUUAAGAUUGAUGCUCAUGUUAAGGAGGAAGCUGAAAAGGAGAUGGAGAGACUUAGAGCAGAGAGAAAUCUAUAAUUCGAAUUAGAUAAUUUGGAUAUUGGAUUGUCAACACCUGAACAAGUGGUUGUGUUGAAUGAUAAAGUAGUUAUAGCGACGGAUAAAGGAGUGGAUAAGUAAUAUAUAGAUCAGGCCUCAGAAUUGAGGGAUAAGAUGGCAAAGGCUAUUCAAGCUAAGAAAAUAUUGAAGAUGUUUAAUGAGUAUCCUGCAAGAGAGAUACCAGAUCCUAUUAAAUGGGAUCCAAAGACCAAGAAACCUAUUGAUCCAAUAACAGGGAAACCGAUUGAUCCAUUGAAAUUGGCAUUGUAGAAUCAAAAGAAGAAGAAGAAGAAGGAACCAAAGUUUGUGAUUCCAGAGUGGGCUAAUGAUGUAAAGUCUUUAGAUGAGAAUAUCAAGGGAUUGGAGGGACUGUUGAAGGAGGCUGAAGUGCUUAAUUUAAAUCAUGAAUUUGUAGAGGAGAGUGUGCAAUAAAUAAAGAGGAUGAAAAACGAAAUGAGAUACAGGAAGGAAGUUGAUGAAUAAUUGAAAUGGAUUGCUGAUGCAAAGGCUGCUGAAAAAAAGAAAAAUAAAUGA